UCUGGCUACGUCACCGUGUCGGCAGGAGAGGCGUUGGAGGAGAGUUUCGCCCGCUUGUCAUUUCCCAGUGGAAGAAGAGGGUGUGAUCGACAUUUACCUGUCCAGUGUUACCUGCUGCUCUGCUAAUACAUGUCGGUCGUCGAUUUUCUUCUGCCGUAGGACGUUAAACCCUGGCUUCAGUCAAGAGUAAGACGGAGAAGUCGUUUAAGGAUGCAAAGAGGAUCCUGACUCGUGGCCCCAACAUGAGUGUGACAUCAUGGUUCCUGGUCAGCAGCUCUGGCACACGCCACCGGUUGCCGCGGGAGAUGAUCUUCGUCGGCCGGGAUGAUUGCGAACUAAUGCUGCAGUCUCGCAGUGUGGACAAACAACACGCUGUGAUCAACUACGACACGAACAGAGACGAGCACAUGGUGAAGGACCUGGGCAGCUUGAACGGGACAUUUGUCAACGACCUAAGAAUCCCAGACCAGACGUACAUCACCCUCAAGCUCUCUGAUGUCAUCCGCUUUGGUUAUGAUGCUCAUGUUUAUAUUCUGGAGAGAAGUCAGCACAAAGUACCUGAGGAAGCUCUUAAACAUGAGAAGUACACCAGCCAGUUACAGCUUGGUGUAAAAGCUUUGGAGGCCAAGGCAAAGGAGAAACAGCAGAGCUCAGAGAAGACCAAAGGCUCCAAUAUAAAACAACAGGAUAGAGCAGAGCGAAAAGCCCAGUCUCUUACAGGUGUCACAGAUUCUCCGAUAUCCAGGCCUACUCCUCUUUACGGCCAACCGUCUUGGUGGGGGGAGGAUGAGGACCCAGCCAACAAAGGGCAGAACAGAGGUGAAAAAUCUCCAGAACAUGGAUCUCCAGAACACGCUAAAGAUGUGUCCCAAUAUGAGGUCAACGGUUCUCUGUCCGACAGUCAGGCCAAGUCCAUCUUCUCGUACCGCCGGGAGCCCAGCUACUUUGAGAUCCCAACAAAAGAACUGCAGCAGCGACCUGCAAAAAAGUCUGAAACGCAGGUUCACGAGGUUCCCACAAAGGACACUCCAGAUCCCGCUCAGUGUGUCUCCUCCACUCCCACACCCCCCGUGGUCCAAAGCCAUGCCUCUUUCACCAUUGAAUUCGACGAAUGCACGCCAGGUAAAAUGAAGAUCAAGGACCACGUAACCAAGUUUUCUUUCCGCCAGCCGCCGAAUCCACCAUCCCCAGAGGUCACCACACCGACUGAGGUCAUGUCAGCAGAAAGCAAAGUUGCUGAUUGGCUGGUUCAAAGUAAUGCUAGCAUGACGAGGAGGAGGUCACAGGCUGAUGACAUGUACAGCUCAAACAGUGACCCAUUAUUUCAUAGUACCAAGGCAAACCAUGAAGAUGGCACUCACAGUGAUUCUGCAAUCAAUGGAAAUGAUUUUCUUCAAUCAGAACUUCAGACUGGGUCGCAGGUGUCUCCACAACCCCUUAGAGCCUCCCUUUCACAUCACUAUGCCACUUCUGAUUCUAAAGGGCACUCAUCCUCCUCUCCACCGGAGUCUCAGUCCCUUUCCAGCCUCGGCAAGGCUGAGCCUCAGCAAGCUUUUGUCAUUGAAUUCUUUGAUGAUAAUCCAAGGAAGAAGAGAUCGCAGUCCUUCACCAAUAACCCACCCUCACCUGAACCCUCAGCCCUUAGGGUCCCGCAGGAGAAGCCAAGGAAGAGCACAAGUCCCACAGAAGAGAGACGAGUCCAAGCUCGAGCCCCCAUCACUCUGCCAACCCAAAGAUACACUGUCCCCCUGAAGGGCCCGGCUUCCACAGGCCCACAAAGAGCCGGCUCUCUGCGCAGGGAGAAGACAGAGGACCGAAUCAGCACUGGCUUUACCUCACGCUCUUCAUCAUCUGUUCCUGUGAGGCCCUUUAGCAGUGCGGGCCGGAGAUCUAAAAUUGCCCAGGACUUUACUGCUGAACUAUUCAAACAGACAAAGCCGUCCUCUUCUGCAACGUGGGACAAAAAUACAUUUAGUUCUCCUGCGGCAGCUAAAAAAGAGACAAAUAAAACUGAGACAACUGUACUGUCCCAUUCUAGUCCACCUUCGUCUUACCAGCCUCAGACUUCCUCUCCAAUCCGUCAGCCUGUUCCCCUAAAACCCCCUGUGAUGCCCCCAGCAUCUCAGAGCUUGGAAGUCAAAAGCCCCCAAAUCAGCCCCAGAAAUGAAGACGACGACUGUCUGAGUGACGCAGGGACCUACACCAUUGAAGCAGAUGUUCAAGAUAGAGAGAUAGAAGAGGCGCGGAAAAAGAUUAGCCAGGUAUUUGGUGUUUUUGAGAGUCCAGAGAGAACCAACCAGAGUGAAGCAGAAACUUCUUCAGCAUUUAGGCCUGUGACUGCUCAGAGCAGGACACCGCAUAGACAGAGUAGCUGUGGGGAGGUGAGGCCAGCUCCAGGGCAGGGACAGUUUCUGGUGAAGGGUCAGUCAGCAGGUGGAGUGUUACAAGGGGCUCCUAAGUGGAUGUCUUGCUGGGCCAGCCUGGCAGACAGCUACACAGACUCCGGACCUUCGUCUGGGCUCUUUGACAUUCCCUCCCAGAUGGAGCUGUCAGGAGGGGCACGAGGCACCAUCGUCCACAAGGCCACGUUCACCCGACACCACAACAACAGCGCUGACUCUGAAAGAGCUCGGCGUGUCCUACCCCUGGCACCGCAGGUGGAGAAGAGUGACAUGCCAACUCCCAGCAUUCAUGUUCAUUAUGACCCACAUUCAACGUUUGAUGUAGAAGGGGAAAGCAUGAUGGUCUCGAGGUCUCCGGAUGAACUUCACAGGUUAUCAGUGCAGGAUGACGUAGAGCCCGACAGUCUGAGUGAUGCCAGCAGGUCAGAUGAUGGGUCCAUCAAAGAUCAAGACCGGAGGAGGAGACCGCUGUCAUACGCAGAAAAAACGAAAACUGAGGACAAACCAAGACUCCCGACCAAGUCUACGUCCUUCUACAUCGGGUCACAGGAGGUUGUGUCAAAACCUGAACUCGAAGGCCCAAAAUCAAACACUCCUAGGACUGAAAAGAAAACAACCAAACCAUUCUCAACAGCUACAAUGACCAAAACAAGAAACACUCAGGACUCUGUAAAAGUCAAACCUGGCAUGUCAGCUUCUGUCCUAGACCAGGAGAGACAGAGUCCAGAGUCCAAAGAGCACACUGUGUCCCCAUUAAUUAGACAAGAGAGCUUCACCAAGGAGCGGCCAAGCAAUGUCAGACUUCCCAACAUCUCCAGCCAGCCUGUUCAGAGAGACACUGACCUUGAAUCUUUCCAGGCAGCAUGCAAUCAGGACACUCAUUCUUUCCUCAAAGAGACAGAGGAUGUUCUGGCUGUUCUGGAGGCUAAACUCCAAUCAGCUCAGUCGGAAAAAACACCGUCACCAAUAGCUGACUCUCUUUCUGGAGAUUCUGAUGUGGACACCUCAAGCACAAUUAGCCAACAGAGCAAUAAGGCCAGGCCAACCCCACUGAGUAAAAAACCCUCCAUUAGUGGCUUCCAUAGGGAGACGUCCUCAGCAAGUUUAGCGAGUCAGGGCUCGAGUCAGCAGUCCACUCCAUUGAAUAAGCGUCGCGCUCAGGGAGUUGACAAUAACAGUAAAGCUGAGCCUGUUAGGAGACCAGUUGGACUGAGACGCAGUGUUGGGAAACGUGGCUCCACAGACCUUAGUGACGACCCUCAUAGCCUACCUCACUCUGAUCAGGAGUCUUACAACUACCAAACCCACAAAAAAUACACGGUACCCCUUCAGAAGGAGGACGGAAAGACCACCAGAAUGUCCCAGGCUUUAACCCGUGCCAACAGCCUGUCGGCCCCACGACCCACCAGAGCAUCCAUGCUCCGCCGGGCUCGCCUGGGAGAGGUUUCAGACAACGAGGGCACAGAGACAGACAGGCUUUACCAGGAAGCACUUAACACCCAAACUAAGCAACCCCAGGAAAACAAGAAACUCUCCAGGCUCGAUAUGCUGGCGAUGCCUCGUAAGCGGACGAGUUCGUUCAACACACCCAGUGAUACUGAGGCCUCUUCCAGGCCUUCUGCCCCAGGGCCCAAGCCAGUAGAGAGGUCGCAGAAAGCAGCGCUCAAAGAGACACCCAUCACUCGAGCACGUUCAAAUAGUGCCAAGUACACCAGCAGCACCGCAAGCUCCAGGAGACGACAGAAAGGCUCCGACUAUGCCUCUACCUCAGAUGAAGAGUACGACUCAAACCAGAGCACUCCUAAACACAAACGCUCCCAACCUUCCUCAGCUUCCAACAGCACACGUAAUCAGCAACGGCCCCGACCUCAGCCCGUGGUCGCCCUGCGUCCCAAACCCCGCGGCAGAGAUUCUGAGGAUGAGAAUCAGGAGGGAGAAACCUACCACAACUGGUCCAACCACAGUGCUGAGAUUGCACGGUUGAGUCAAGACCUGGCUAAAGACUUAGCCAUCUUAGCCAGAGAGAUCCAUGAUGUGGCUGGUGAUGGUGAUCAACCAAACCCCGGGGUGGAGAGCACUACACCCAUCUCUAAAGUGACCACCCACGAACAGCUGGUCCAUCAUAUACCAGAGGCUGGAUUAAACUCCCAGAGAGUCCCACCUGGUUCUACAUCUACAAAGGAACCUGACCAGAGCUCGAGUGACUGUGUACAAAACUCCAGGGAGCGUGAUCAAAGCAGAGACGAGGUCUCCGUGGACAAUCUGAUGCUGAAUCCAGUGUCUCAGGUCAUCCUGGCCAUCAAAGAGAACACUGAGCAACUUGCUGACAAAAUAAAGGUACUGUUCCAGGACAGGAUGGAUAUCUGGCAAGACAUCGAGGCCAAGGUUAAUUCUGAAACUGAAGUUCCUGUUGUAAAAACCUCCAACAAGGUUGGUGAUGAAAUCACGUCCAUCUUGAAAGAACUCAGGAGAGUUCAACGGCAACUUGAGGUCAUUAACACAGUCAUGGAGCCCAGCGAGCAGCCUGAGGUAUCCAAGACUUCAGCCUCAGCGUUCUCCUCGUCAUCUGGAGCUCCGCCCUCCAGAGCUCUCUCCUCAAAAGACUGGAGAACAGCCCACUCUGCAACCAAACGAGGCGGCGGCCCGCGGCCUGGUGAGAGUGUGAGGCGAGCAGUUGUGACACCUGACGAUCUCAGACAGGGAUAUUUGGUCUGAGGUCUGUGCUGAACUUCUGCUGUAAACCCACAGGACAGAUGUCACAUCAAAGUGCACAACUAAAAACAAAAGGAGGAGGAAGUGAUACACAGAACUGUAACCUCCUCUACAACCAAACAUACACACUACUGCACUGUAAGCACUACACUCCUACACAGCGGUGUAACUCACAAUGACACCUGCACUAAACGCCUAUAAAGGAAGCUCAGUGAGAGGCCUGCAUGAGGUGUUGAUUUAGAGAAGUACCAGAAUAAAUCUCCUGUACACCUCGGACACACCUCCAAACUAUACUUGAUGCUGUUUGUUAUACAUCAACCACUUUAUUUGCCAAUGAUUUGAUCUAAAAAGCUGAUAUAUAAAGAAUGUUGUUUUAAAUUCUUGGCUUAUUUGAAAACCAGUCUGAGCAUAAUAAUCUCAGGGAAAUCAAUUUAUAAAUAAGAUUCCUGUGUCUAGUGACAAAUCAAAUCAGUUCACUGAGGCGUUUUUUUUUUUUUUGUUUUUUUUUAAACUCAAGAUCUUAGUGAUGUAUUUGUAAUCUUCCGUUGACCCGUUGCAUUUCCUGAUAUAUUUGUUUUUAUGUUGGUCUUUGAUUGCCACUUUUCUCUUUGUGGACCAGAUUUAUCAAAGAAUGUAAAAAGUAUUUAUUAGGAGUCUUUUGUAAGACACUGUAACCACGACAACCUGACUGUGGAUGGGAUGGUAAACUUCAGUGCCAGACCAGUUCAUGGUAUGGAACACAGUUGCUACCAGCCAAUUUGUUUAGUAAUUAUUCUGCAGAGGUUUCCCGAGUGUAGCAACUGUCCAGGCCCUCCUCAGUAGGUGGAUUUUAUUUUUGUCCAAGAGGAAAUUAAAAAACAAUCUCUCAGGAAUGUGUGAGCUGCAUGGUCAGCGUCGCUCAGUCUCUGGAUUAUUCGCCUAGCAACCGCUGACUCAAGUGGCUAUAACACAAGAAUAUCAAAGCAUUCUUCUCUUACUUUUUUUUUUUUUUUUAAAGAAGAUAUUGUUUGUGUCAAACACAUUUGGUGCUCGAGGCCUGUUUUCAUGAUGUUGUUUUUCAUGUCUGAAGAGCACACUUAGCUCCCAGCUUUGGCCAAAGACAAUCUAAAAAAAAAAAGCUGACACUCAUCAUACCACGCCUUCCCUGUGGUUAAGCGAUAUAAAGCACUUUGGUAAGAUUUAAAAAUAUUCUCAGUAAUUUAAAUCACAGGGUGACUUCUGAUAGGUCCUCACAUGACAGGAGAAGUAGUGUCAUUUCAGCAAUUUAAAGUCAUUGGAAUGAAACUGUAGAUAUAAUUGUUGGUUUGUUAUCGUCCAUUUUUCAGUGUGUAAAUAUAUGAAGAUAUCUGUUCCCUACAAAGUACCUCUCAAUCUUCUCUUUUGCACUAAAGUAAUACAUUUUCCGCAAACGGAAGCCUUUACUCUCCUCUGAAAGAUGGUUAACAGUUGUUGCUGUUGAAGCAGAAAAGAAGGCAAACCAGUGCACCAGCAAGUUUCUCUUUCCUUCUUCCCAGUCCAGACUGGACAUGUGAUUUUUAUGGGGAAGUACCCAACAGUGCCACAGAGCCAUGUGGGAUGAUGUGGUUGUUUACAAACUCCUGCAGAGAAUUGAAUGUUUUUCCCUUUGACUCCCAUUUGCUCAAAGUGUUGCUGCUAUUCUUCUUCUAUGGGAUAGUUUUUUUUCCUGUUACUUCACUCUACCUUAUUCACAGCUACCGCAGGUUUAAGAGAUGAAAUAUUCUUGUCUCUCAAAUCUGCCACCCCCCUCUUUUUUUUUUCUCUCCUCGUUCAGAAUGAUUUAGUGAUGAUGUCAUCAUGCUGUCUUGGUAUCUGGUAUUUAAGUUGUUAUUUGUGUCUUUUGUUAGCUGAUGAUUCAAACUUUUUUUUCUAAUAAAUGUAUCAAACAAA